AUGGCCUCAGCCGCCCCGACCCUACCAAAGUCCAAAACCGGAUCUUCCGCACUAACCAAUCCCACACCCACCACAACAUCAGACACAACAACCUCAGCAUCAGGCCACGCAACUUCCGCACACCAGCAAGCCGAAGAUGCCUUCCCCACCGCCACCAACCCAGACUUCAAGCACCCAGACCACGUGAUCACCCGCCGCAACUACAGCGGCUUCACCGACCUAAUAAUCGUCUGCUGCCACGCCAUCUACCUCCCCGGCGCCUCGGACGCAGACUUCCCUUUGAAAAGCCCCCACGACGAGCGCAACUGGCUGCUCGCGCCCUUUCAGAAAUCCAACCCGGAAACAGGGAAACCAGGCGAGCAAUCGACCUUUGUAGCACACGCGCAGGCUGGCCUGGAUGCGUUAUCAAUCCACCCCGAUAACGUCGAUCUCGAGAAGAAUCUCUUGGUGUUUAGUGGCGGCAGGACGAAAAAAGGGACAGAUAUGAGUGAAGCAAGAUCAUACUACCACGCGCUACUUGCGUCUGAACUCCAGCAGAAUCACCUGGGCGGCGGGAAAACGCACGCCUUGUUCGCCAGGGGACGUAUAUUACUCGAAGAACAUGCCACCGACUCGUUGCAGAAUCUGCUGUUUAGUAUACUGCUUUUCCGGCGGACGACGGGGGGGUAUCCGAGGCAGAUAAGGGUUGUUACGCAUGCGUUCAAGGCGCGGAGGGUGCUGGAACUGCAUGCGACGGCGAUUAGGUGGCCCGAGGACAGGGUGAAUGUGCAGGGGAUUGAUCCAGUUAUGGCGGUCGGGGAGCUGGAUGAGACGUUGGAGGGGGAGGAGAAGAGUGGGUAUGCGCUGUGGGAUGAGGAUCCGCUUGGGGCGGGGGAGAAGUUGAGUGGGAAGAGGAAGCAGAGGGGAUGGAAUGAGGGCAUCGUGGAUGAGCUGGUGGAGGGGUUGGAGGAGGGGGUUAGAGAUUUGGUGCUGGGGAGGGUACCGGAGAAGGUGCCUUGGGAGAGUACAUGA